AUGUCUAAUCGCAAGGGAGAGGAUCUUUUCCAGGUUACAGUCGAGGCAAUGAAGAUCGGUGCCAAAGAGGAGAUUUGGGAGCCAAUUGACGAUCAUCGGCCUUUGAAAGCCAAAGCCUCAGUCCCGAAUUCCGCCAAGCCGGUAGAUAUCCGGAAGAAAAGAACUGUCGGUUUUAAUGGCGCCCAACCUGCGCCAAAUGGUUCUUUAAUAGCAUCGAUCGUUCACCCCAAACUCAUUCUUCGAUCAACAACCACUCUCCAGGUAAAGCGGGUAAUAAAUCUAAAUCCCGAGUUUGCAUCACGAAUAAACUUUGUCAGAUGGUCUCCCUACUUGGACGGAUCCUUCUCAUCGCCAGCAUGGCAUGGUAUUCCAUUGAUAGGGAAAAGAAGAAGCGGGAUUGAUAAGUCAGAGUCAGAAGGUGGAGGACGGCAAAGAAUUCUGGUAGCAGACGAGCAAUCAAUACAUGUAUACGAUGUCGACGAUGAGAAAUGGACCGUUUGUAUCAACCAAGGAUUCGGGGGAAUUAAGAAUGUCGAGUUUGGCAGAAAUGCGGACGAAGUGGUUGUAUUUUCAGAAUUUCAGGAAAAGCUCAAGGUAACUGUGUGGAAUCUGAAUACAUCAAAACAAAUCGAGAUUCUUAACCCAAAGUUUCCGACAAAGGGUUAUGGCUAUCGCCCCUGCACCUCUCACUAUGCCCUGCUUACGCGCUCGGCAACACACGACGUUAUCAGUGUUCAUCAACACACUACCUAUAAACUGGCGUCAAGCUUUCAGCUUCCUACCUUGGAUGCCCAAGGCCUAAAAUGGUCUCCAUGUGGGCGUUGGAUUGCGGUAUGGGACUCUGCCGCUUCUGGAUAUAAGGUUUUGGUAUACACUGCGGACGGACAUCUUUACAGGACCUAUGAGAAGCCAUGUGAGGGUUUGGGCGUCAAGAGCGUGGAGUGGAGUCCAGGCGGGGAUUUUUUGACGAUUGGAAGUUAUGAUGGACGAUUGGCAUUCUUGAGCAACUAUACUUUUUCUCCG